AUGCAAUACGUGGGCAGAGCUUUUGACUCUGUAUCGAAGACAUGGUCUUCGAUCAAUCCAGCAACAUUAUCCGGAGCAAUAGAUGUUAUAGUGGUAGAGCACCCUGAUGGCGAGUUGGCAUGCUCGCCAUUUCAUGUUAGGUUUGGUAAGUUUCAGAUCUUAAAACCAUCUCAGAAGAAGGUAGAGGUCUUGGUUAACGGACAAUCAACGGACAUCCCAAUGAAGCUUGGAGAUUCUGGUGAGGCUUAUUUCGUGUUUGAGACUUUAGCUGACUUGGAAGGUAUCCCAGACGAAUUGAUAUCUUCGCCUGUUGUUAGCGCUGCCAGUAGUCCUGAGAGCAAGCCAACGACAAAGGAUGAUGCCCUUGAAGAACCCGACUUUUUAGAUAUCAAUGAUUCAAAGAUUGAGAGACCAACUACACCGACACCAAUCCAAAGAAUUACUAAAACGCUAACACAGAAACAGAUACCAUCCACUGUUGAUAAUAAUGGAGAUCUAUUACUUGAUAUUGAAGGUUAUAAAACGAGUAAAAAUAAAGUAAACGACACUGAUGAAUUGUUAAAACAGCUGUUGUACGAUGAACUUGGAGAAGAUGUAGACUUGUCAGAGUUUGUGAAGGAGGAUGAAAAGGGAAACAUUCGGAUAGUGAACCCAACAGAUCCAUGUUGGGCUACUUCUCCUCCCAAUUCUCCACCUAUGACAUCGUCGGACUCCUUGUAUUCCGAGCAUCAAUCGGUCCUCGGUUACUCAUCAAAUGAAGGAACACCAUCCUUUAGCACCGAUAACAGUAGAGUUGAAGUCCCAUCGGCUGCAACUGCAACAACACACUUUAUCAAAACUAUCAGAUUAACGUCCAAACAGUUGAAAUGUUUAGAUUUGUCGAAUGGUGAAAACGAUUUAACAUUCUCGGUAGAUAAGGGACGAGCAAUUAUCACAGCAAAACUUUUCUAUUGGAAGUGGGACGAUCCAAUUGUGAUUUCCGAUAUUGACGGUACAAUUACUAAAUCUGAUGCCUUGGGUCACGUCCUAACCAUGAUUGGUAAAGAUUGGACUCAUCCUGGCGUUGCGAAGCUUUUUACAGAAAUCAGAGGGAACGGCUAUAACAUCAUGUAUUUAACUGCCAGGACGGCAGGACAAUCUGAUUCCACAAGAUCUUACCUAAGAAGUAUUGUACAAAAUGGUUGUACAUUACCCAUUGGGCCGGUUAUUCUCUCGCCAGAUAGAACAAUGGCAGCAUUGCGAAGGGAAGUUAUUCUAAAGAAACCUGAAGUGUUCAAAAUCGCAUGUUUAAAAGACAUGAAGGCAUUGUAUUUCCCAGAAUCUAAUAACCGAAAAGAUGAUGCUGAUGAGAUGCCAACUCCUUUUAUUGCUGGUUUUGGCAAUCGUAUCACAGAUGCCUUGUCGUAUAGAACCGUUGGUAUUCCAAGUUCUCGUAUUUUCACUAUCAACCCUGAUGGGGAAGUACAUAUGGAAUUACUAGAGCUAGCAGGAUACAAAAGUUCCUACAUCCAUAUUAAUGAACUUGUAGACCAUUUCUUCCCGCCUGUCAAAAAGUACCCAUUUGUCGCUGAAGAUGCUCGGAGUAUUUCAACAACUCCGGGUUCGCCGUAUGGAACAAACAUAAUGCAUGAUGAAAAAUCAUUCUAUCGAGCCAAUGAUGAGAAGUAUACCGACGUAAAUUACUGGCGAGAACCAAUUCCCGACCUUGAUGAACUCUCUGAUCUAAGCAACGAUUCUGAGAAGGCAACCUCUCCAUCGAAAGAAAUUUACAACGAAGGUAUUAGGAACAGUACAACCAAUGGUACUGCUAACCAGACUAACAAAAAUAGAUUGUCUGUGCAUGAGCCUCGGGAAGGCAAUGACACGGAACUGUUGUUGACACCUCGGAGAAAAAGUGAUCCUGAUAAUAUUGGACAAAGGAUGUACCUGAACCUGGGAUCGCCGUUAUCAUCUCCUGUCCUCAAGGUACAAGACUCUGAUCUCGAUAUGAAUACUAAUUCACCUUACAAUAAUGGAUAUUCUAAUAAUUCUGAACUAUCCCAAAAGAACCAGCAGCCUUUGAAAAGACAUUCAUCUAGUGAAAAUAGUAUUUUGACUUUUGAUCAUCUUUCUGCCCGCACGCCUUCGACGCUAGAAGUCCAACCGGUUAAUGUAUAUAACGAUGGAUCGGGACCAGUAAUGGGUCAACUGCAGUCGCAAACAAGCCGUAGAAAUACUAAUUCAUCGAAUUCAAACAAUAACUCUUUUGAUAAGGAAAUACCAAGCGAUGAAAAAGGACAUAAUCCGGAUCAACAUUUCUCUGAACAAGAAUCUUUAACAACAGAUCAAGGUUCCGAAAACAUCUCGGAUGAAUAUGAAGAUGAAUUUGAUGAAGACGAGUUUUGA